GCGAGGUCUCCGGGCUCGGGGAGCAGCUGCGGCUCCUGCUGCAGGAGGCGGGCGGCGAGGGCGGCUGGGGCGCGCGCCUGCGGGAGCACGAGGUGAGGCUCGCAUCUCUGCGCCUGGCGGUCGAGAUGGCCGACUCCCAGUGGAGCAGCGCCCUGGAGCGCGUGGGCAAGGACUGGGACGAGCGCUUCCGGCGCCUCGGCCACGGCCUCCAGGAGCUCGGCUGCGACCGCCUCGCGGCCUCGGAGCGCCUGGAGGCGCUGGCGAGGUGGGCGCAGACGGCGGACCAGGCCCUGGCGGAGUUGCGCGGCGGCCCCGCCAGCUGCCUGGGCCUCGCCGCGCCCGCCGAGCCCGUGGCUGCGCUCCGCUUCGCGGCGCCCGCCGCCCCGGCCUCGCCCGCGUUCGGCGCGGGGGGCCCGGCGGCGCCCAGGCGCACAUUCUGCAAACCGCAUAGCCUGGUAGGCUUCAUGUCGAUUGAUCUGUGCCAGCUCUGCCGUGAGAGCCGCGUCUGGGCCCUCAGAUUUUUGUAUUUCAACCUCAGCUCCCUCGCGCCCGGUUCACUCCUGCAGGAGUUGAACUUUGCAUUCCUUCAAUGCCUGCGCGUGCAACCACCAGGCGUCGACAAGGCGCAGGUGGCGCAGAUCGCCCGGCUGCACUGCCUCCGAAAGCGCUGGCCGCUGGACCGAGGAGGGGCGCCGGAGCCGGCCAUGAGGGGCCCUGGCGCUGGCCAGCGUCAGCCCCGCUCCGAGCAGGACCCUGCACGGCAGCAGUGCAUCCGUGGGAUCACGUACGAUCUCUUCAACGAUUUUCCAGAGCAUGUGAAGCUUUGUCAGCUUUACCUCAGGAACGAGGAAGAGAUCAUGGGACUCAAACGAUGCUACGAGGGCAAACAUUUAAGCUUGGACAGGGACGUGUCAAUCCCUAUGUGGCACAUGAUUUACAGCGUUGUUCACUCAGGGGGAAUGCAGAGGGCUUGGGACUUGUGCACGAGGUACAAUCACACUGGCGCUUUAGGUUGCCAGGCAGAAAAUUGUCCCCGAGUGCAUCGGUGCAGCUUCUGCUACAGCAGCGAACAUGGAGCGCAUUUCGGAUUGAAGCAGGGUGCCCUGCAAUGCGAGGGGUUGAAAGCUUUCGAGAAGGAGCGGACAGAGAUGAAAGAGCUGUUCGGGCUGGACGCGAAUCGCUUCGACGACUUUGCCGAUCUACUCAAGAUCUUCCCUCAGGAUCCUCUCCGAUGUCCCAGGGUCAACCGUGCAUGUGCCACGUCGGCGUCGGGCGCGGAGUCGGAGUCGCGGUUCUGCUCGGAGGCAAGCCCAGGCCAGGUAGAGCGUCUAUUGGAUUCCGACUCGCCCGGCGAGGCGGUUGCUCAGUACGACGCGAAUGCACCGCAGUGGACGGCCUCAGUGGUGUCGUCAGCUGGGAGCCCCCAGGCGCCUGCUGGCGAGGGCGGCAUGCCAGAACCACCCCAGCCAGCGCCAGGCCUCAGCCCAGGCGCGGCGGACGCUCCGCCUCCGCCGAGGCCGCUCGAGGCCCACCAGGAGCCCCGCGGGCUGGGGCAGCCAGGGCGGCGUGGCCCGGACGCGGGCGGGCCCGGGCAGCUCGAGCGGGAGCCCGAGGCCGUGGAGCGGCUCAUCGAGUCGAAGGACAGAGUCGUCGCGGCCAGGGACGCAAGCAUCGUGGAGCUCAAGCGCUACAUCCAGGGCCUGGAGCAGAGACUGCGCGACCAGAGCGAGCGCGUCGCUGAGCUCGAGAGGCUUCUUGGCAGAGAGCAUGGUCGAGCGGGCAAGCGUGCGCUUCUUGCUGCACGGCCUCGCGGAGGAAGCGCGGAGUGCCCAGGCGGCGCGACGGCUCUGGGGGACACGGGGUCCAGCGCGAGUUGCGAGGCGCUCAAGAGGGCGCCGCGAAGGCCGACGUAUUACGAGAAUGCCUGCAGGCUCAACGAGCCCCGUUUCCAGAGGAGCCAGAAUCGGGCCGCCGCGCAGGACGAGUACGGCAAGCCGUUCGAUCGCCCUGAGCGCCUACCAGAUUCUUUCGACGUCGAGGCCUCCACCACUGACGAGUGCCCCACGGAACGAGCGAUGUCCUGGGAAGAGUGGUUCCAGCCAAGCAGGACCUGUGCUCUGCGAAGCCCAUCGAGUCUUGCUCCUCUUGCGAAUCCCCUGGGCACGGAUCAGACAGCAGACGACGAUUUGUUGACGACGGCGCUAAUUGGGGCCGUGGCUCCUGUCCGCGCAGUCUCCAAGCGUCAAUGCCGAUUGUGGCUGUAUUGA